UCGUUCAUUUUUCAUUCUGCAACGAUCUUGUGAGUUACCAGUUCCUAUUUUAUUUUGAUAUAAAGUUGGUUGAAUAAGGUUCAACUGAAUUUAAAAAUCAGUAGACACAAUUAAGAGCACAAAGAUGAGCCAAAAGACAAUGUUUAUCGUUAUAAUAGCCAUUAUCCUUGUCGUAACUCAAGCCGAUUCUAAACGUAAGAGACAGACUCAAGAUCGUCAAGAAUCAAACAUUGUUCUAACAAAUAUUCCAAGAGUGGGAUGUGCUAGUUUUGGACAUUCAUGUUAUGGAGGAUUUGGCAAGCGAUCACUAACGGCACCGACUGCGACAGACACUAUACAACAAAUGGAAUCGAAUGUUCAAGGAGAACAUACAGGAAAUCUUAUUCCAAUGAAGGCAUUUCAAAGACACUUUCAAUUCCGACCGGAUUUACAACAAUCUGAUAAUUUUGAACAGGAAAAGGACUUGAAAAUUGUCGUCUUAAAUACAUUAAGUCAAAUCAUUGAUGAGACAGUUAAGAAAAUAUCCAGCGAUUAUGAGAGUAAAUAAGAUGAACUGAGAAGAUUUAAGAAAUUCUUUGGUUUUACCCCAGCAAUCAUUUAUAUAUUUUCUUAAUGUGACUGCAUUCGUUCCUAACAGAAUCAAAACUUUGUGGCGAAAAUUUUUCAUCUCCUCUUCUUCUUUUUUCAAAAUAUACAAAACUCACCACCAUGAAAAAUUUUCGCUACAACGUGUAAUGUAAUGUAAAAUAAUGGAAUUAAUUGAAAUUAUAAUAAAAUGAAG